UAUUUGUCACAUCAGUUUGGCUUUCCUGCCUGCAUUCACAAACUCUGCAAUGAAGCUUCCUCCUCCAAUGAGCCUAUGGGCAAUUUGGUCAUUUCUCCUUAUCUCUUCCAUUCACGCUCCAUGCUUCUUCGGAUCUGCCGCUCACUUCUCCAACGAAACAGAUCGCCUUGCUUUGCUACACUUGAAACAUCUGACAACUGACGAUCCUCUCCAUUCCUUGAGUUCAUGGAACCAUACUCUCCACUUCUGUCACUGGCAAGGUGUCACAUGCGGUGGUCGCCGUCAUCCUCAAAGGGUAACCGCCUUAAACCUCACUGGCCAGAAAUUGGUGGGUCCCAUAUCUCCCUUCAUAGGGAACCUCUCCUUCCUCAGGAUAAUCGAUCUCUCAAACAACAGCUUCAACGGCCCAAUUCCUGAAGAGAUGGGCCGUUUGGUCCGCUUGCGGCUUCUUAGUCUGUACAACAAUACAUUCAACGGAGAAAAUCCUGCAAAUCUGACCCACUGUUCUGAACUCAAAGUCCUUUUGGUUUUCCGGAACCGGCUUGCAGGGAGGAUUCCAACUGAGCUUGGCUCUCUAUUGAAGCUCUCCAAAUUGGACCUUGGUCAUAACAGUCUUACAGGAAGCAUCCCACCUUCACUUGGAAACCUUUCGUUUCUCACUUACCUUUUUCUUUCAGUAAACAGCCUGGAGGGCAGCAUCCCAGACGACCUUGGUCGGUUGGCAAACUUAGAGAAUUUUUUUAUUUCUGAAAAUGAAGUGUCAGGUAGGAUUCCGACCCAGCUAUACAAUCUCUCCUCUAUUAUCAUUUUCGACGUGGGAUUGAACAGAUUGCAUGGAAAUCUUCCUCCCAACUUAGGCCUCAUUCUUCCUAAUCUCCAAGAACUUUACUUCGGCCAAAACCAAUUCACAGGACCCAUACCAGUUUCAUUAUCCAAUGCUUCCGGACUUGUAGUUGUUGACCUUGAAAACAAUAGCUUUAGCGGAUCUGUGCCCAUGAAUUUUGGAAGCCUCAAGGGUACUCUGUCCAAGUUACGUUUGUGGGGCAAUAAACUUGGAAUUGGGAAAGGUCGUGACUUGACUUUUCUUGAUUCUUUGACGAAUUGCAGUAGCUUACAAGUACUGGACGUAGGCAUUAACCGUCUCAACGGUGCGUUGCCUGUCUCCAUAGCUAAUCUUUCGAUCCAGCUGAGAAAACUAAUUUUAGAUGAUAACAUGAUAUUCGGAAGCAUCCCAUCUGAGAUUCAGAAUCUUGUCAGCUUAACAGUGUUGGGUAUGGAAGAUAACUUUUUAACAGGUACUAUUCCCAUUGGUGUUGGGAAGCUUAACAAGGUGGAACAACUUUACUUGAAUACAAAUGAAUUAUCAGGGCAAAUUCCAUCUUCCUUGGGCAACAUCUCUCGAUUGUGGCAACUCAGUUUAUAUGAAAACAAUCUAUCGGGGACCAUACCUUCAACUCUUGGUAAUUGCAUAAACCUGCAAAUCAUAUACCUCCACAGUAAUAAGUUUAGCAGUAGCUUACCCAAACAAAUUUUCAGCUUUCCAUCCUUGAUUGAACUUUACGUUGGAAAUAAUUAUUUUACCGAUAGUCUGCCACUGGAAGUCGGUUACUUGAAAGCUCUUGGAAAAUUCAGUGUUUCUAAUAACAAAUUGUCAGGCGAAAUUCCAAGUUCGCUGGGCAAUUGUCUCAGCCUAGAGCAUCUCUCGUUGGAUGGAAACUUCUUUCAAGGAUCAAUUCCUCCAACAUUUAGUACUCUAAGAGGUCUUCGAUCCCUGGAUCUUUCACGCAACAACUUGUCUGGGGUGAUUCCAGAAUACCUGGAGAAGCUUGCUUUACAGUAUCUAAAUCUAUCCUUCAAUGAUUUGGAGGGUGAAUUACCAAAACAAGGGGUCUUUGGAAAUGCUAGUCAAGUUUCAGUGCUUGGAAACAGUAAGCUUUGUGGGGGUAUUCAAGAAUUAAAAUUGCCUUCAUGCUCUAGCCAAGCUUCCAAGAAACGGGGAAAGUCUGUUCCUUCAAAAGCAAGAAUCUCAAUAGCUGUUGUUGUCCCGGGUCUUAUUUUACUAUCAUGUUUCUUCGCCACUCUUUAUUGGGUAAGAAAGUUGAGAAAGAAACCUUCUGUAUUGCCUUCUGCCGAGGAUCCUCUUGUCAAUGUGUCUUAUGCGGAGCUCUUUAAAGCAACAGAUGGGUUCUCUUCUGCUAAUUUGGUCGGCUCCGGAAGUUUUGGUGCUGUAUAUAAAGGGUUUCUAGAUCAUGUUGGAACUAUGGUGGCAAUGAAAGUGUUCAACCUUCAACGACAGGGAGCUCUGAAGAGCUUUGUUGCCGAAUGCGAAGCCUUGAGAAAUAUUAGGCAUCGGAAUCUUGUUAAGAUCAUAACUUGUUGCUCAAGCAUUGAUUUUAAGGGCAAUGAUUUUAAAGCUCUAAUUUACGAGUACAUGGCAAACGGAAGUCUAGAGAAGUGGUUGCAUGGAGAUGGUCAUGAUCAGCUGAAAAGGAACUUGAAGUUUAUUCAAAGGCUAAACAUAGCUAUAGAUGUGGCUUCUGCACUGGAUUAUCUACAUAAUGACUGCGAAACGUCUAUCAUUCAUCGAGAUUUAAAGCCGAGCAACAUUCUUCUUGAUGAUGACAUGACUGCUCGCGUGGGUGAUUUUGGGCUGGCCAGGUUCUUAUCUGAGGUUGCUCAAACUAGCUCGGUUGGAAUGAAGGGAUCUAUUGGAUACAUUGCUCCAGAGUAUGCGAUGGGCAAUAAAGCAUCUGCACAAGGUGAUGUUUACAGCUAUGGAAUCCUUCUAUUGGAGAUGAUCACUGGAAAGGGGCCAACUGAUGAUAUGUUUAAGGACAAUCUAAGCCUUCAUCAUUUUGCUAAGUCGGCUUUGCCUGAACAAGUAAGGGAGAUUGUUGAUCCACAACUGCUCGUGGAAGAAGCUGAAGUUACUCGACACAAUGAAAAUCAUGUUGAUAGAAGAAAUAGAAUGCAUGAUUGCUUGAUUUCAAUGGUCAAAGUCGGUGUUUUGUGCUCUGCGGAAUCUCCAAGAGAACGAAUGUGGAUGAAAGAUGUUGUUGCAGAAUUGCAUACAAUCAAGGACCUGUAUCUUGGGGUCGGGAUCCACAGAGACAAACAAGUUAGGUAGCAAAUAUUAGAUGAAGGUUCUUCCUACCUUAGUCAUUAGUAAGUUAUUAUUGGUAGUUAUGUUGAGAAAGAUUUCAAAAUAAAAUUAGUUUGUUGAAUAUUUUUCUAAACAAGAUCUAUAUAUAUAUAUAUAUAUAUAUAUAGCUUUGGCAGAAGAGUGUGUUUGUAUUGGCGGUGAUUGUAUGAAAAGGUGUAUU